AUGCCAUUGCAAAACAGCCUUAGCUAUCUAAACACAACUUCGACUUUGAUCACAACGAUUUCGUCGAAUGUCUCUGAUCCUUUGCUCUCCAUCAACACAACAAGCGUCUCUUCGGCAAACUUUACUGAACCUGAAAACAACGGAGGAUCUGAAACUACUAUUUCUUCGACUUUCAGCACUUCGACUCCGAUUCUUGCAGCCAGUCCUCAACUCAAAAAUGAUCCUACUGAAUCGUCAUCUGAAUAUUCGAACUCAUCGUCUGUUUCCACAACUGUGCUACUUGGUGACGCGUUUUCUGUACCUUCAGUUAAUGAGACUGAGACUUCAUUUGGCAGCUUAAACGUUUCCAAUAUCACGUUAUCUCAAGAAAAUGUCACCGUGGCAACAUUUAAUAACUCCGAUGCUCUUCAGACUUCAACGACGACCUUGGCAACUGACCAAACUGCUCCAACUAAAUCCGAUUUCAUUUCUGACCCGAGUAGCAGCACAACUGGAUCCGGAGAAGUUGGACUUUCGACGUCUGACCCAAUGGCUAUGGAGACUUCCACUCCGACCGUUACCUCCACAAAUUUCAGCGCAUCAGAUUCAACUGUGAAUGCUUUCCUUACGCCUCAGUACGAUUCUGUCAGCCAAGUAACUUUUUCCACCCCAGACACAAUGGCUUCUUCUAACUUCGUCCUGAUUCCGACCACGACUCAGCCUUACGGCAGCGAUGCGGAAUUCUACGCAAGAACUGGUUUCAAGAUAGUGCAAGUCUAGUUUAUACUAAAUUAUUUUUCUUUCAGACCUCAUCACUUAUCAAAUCAACAUAAACGACAACUCAGCGACAGAAACCUAA